AACGAAGAAAAUGAUAAGUUCAAGAUGAAAGGAUUAUAACUUGUAUUAGGCAUAUAAGGGGGUACAUUAGAUUACCGGGAGAGGGGGAGUGGGAAGCGGGGACAAUACUCCCUCCCAUUCGUGGAUAGGGGAGAUAAAUAGGUGGGCCUGCCGAUUCCUUAUCAUAGAUGAAUGCGCCUGGGAAGUCUGUCGGAGCUCGCGACAUACCUACAACAAAACAACCCUCCGAGCAGUUAAUGUAGUACACCAUGCCCAACCGUCCCAUAAUCGCCAUAGCCGGCCUCGCCAUCGAGACCUCCACCUUCACCCCCUCCCGCACCCUCGCCCCCGCCUUCCACCCACAGCGGGGCACCUCCGAAAUCCUCGCCAAGCACCCCUUCCUGCACCCCUCCACCCCCCUCGGCUCCGCCGCCUCCUGGCACGGCGCCCUGAUCGGACACGCCCUGCCGGGCGGCAUCGUAACCCUCGACGCCUUCGAAUCCCUCUCCGCCGAGAUCAUGUCGCGCCUCGCCACAACGGGAAAGGAAAAAAUCGACGGCCUCUGGUUCGACAUCCACGGCGCCAUGUGCGUCGCCGGCCUCGACGACGCCGAGUCCGAGCUGCUGCGGCGGUGCCGCGACGUCGUGGGGCCAGAGGUACUAGUAUCGGCAUCGAUGGACCUGCACGGCAAUGUGUCGCGCGCGCUGGCGCACCAGCUGGAUUUGAUCACGUGCUACCGCACGGCGCCGCACGUGGAUGUCGUCGAGACGAGGGAGCGCGCGUGUCGGAAUCUGGUGGAGGCCCUGCAACGGCGGCGGGCAGGUGAUGAUGAGGCGGGGGGCAGGCCGUUUAAGGCGUGGGUGCCGAUCCCGAUUCUGCUUCCCGGCGAGCAGACGUCUACGCGGGAUGAGCCGGCGGCGCAUAUAUACGCCGCUGUUCCCGAGGUUGAGGCGGAAGAGGGGGUUCUCGAUGCAGCGAUAUGGGUCGGAUAUGCGUGGGCCGACGAGCCUCGGAACCACGCCGUGGUCGUGGUGACCGGAUGGGACAAGGACGUUGCUGUGCGGGGUGCCGAGAAGCUGGCGCGCUUGUUCUGGGACGCGCGUAAGGAUUUCAAGUUCGUUGCGCCGACCGGUUCGUUUCGAGAAUGUCUCGAUACGGCGCUGGCGUCUGAUAAGCGGCCGUACUUCAUCUCGGACUCGGGGGAUAAUCCUACGGCGGGAGGGUCGGGAGACGUGACCUGGGGUCUCACGCAGCUACUUGCGCGUCCGGAGUUCAAAUCGGAAUCUGGUCCCAAGGUCAUCUACGCCAGUGUUCCUGGACCUGAAGCGGUCCAAAGGGCCGUUGAUGCAGGUAUUGGGGCAACUAUCACUGUAACGGCUGGAGCAGAAGUGGACGAUAUUCACGCGGGACCGAUCACCAUGACGGGCAAGGUCCACUCCAUCAAACACGGCGAUCAAUACGCCGAGAUCGAAGUGGUGCUGCAAGUCGGCAGCGUCUUCGCCAUCUUGACGAAGCUGCGUAAGCCUUACCACCGCGAGAGCGACUUCACAGAACUCGAUCUUGCGCCCCGGUCAGCUGACAUAGUGAUUGUGAAAAUUGGUUACCUGGAGCCGGAGCUGUACGACAUGGCCUCAGACUGGAUGCUUGGUCUUACGCCCGGCGGAGUUGACCAGGACUUGCAGAGACUUGGUCAUAAGCGGAUCGGUCGUCCGAUGUGGCCGUUUGACCGCGAAUUCGAUAAGCCUGAUCUGUCCGCGAGAGUGAUUCCCAUGUCUAACGAACCGCUAGAACCAUAGCCUUGGUCAUUUUCAAAUCUAACUUUUGCUCCGAGGAUCUGUAAUGGCUUGAUCCUGAUUGAUUACCCACUACUAAUGCACUUUUUUCUUUUUUUUUUUUUGACAAUAUCGGAGUUGCCUACUAUACCAUACGCCUACGUAAGCACGUGUAGCCCAUGCCACUGAGCUGCAUUUCCGGCAGUCCGGAUGGCUGCCUCUUGAAUUAAAGGGGUUGGAUGUCUUAUUCAGAAAAAAGAAAAAAAGGAAAAAUGAGGACUCGCGUCUGAUUAUCCUGAUAAUUCAACAGAAGAGCGCUAUGAUCCAUUUCGGCAAGAUUCUCGAAGAAAAGGAAAUCAAUAAAUAACUUAUCUGAGUCAGAUUGCCAUGCAUAACACAUAACGCCGCGGGGAUGCGACGCUCUGCUUACCAUACAUUGCGAAUCUCUUCCCCAUCAAGGAUAAGGAUUAUUUUGGCAUGUUAUUUCAACCAUAGAUCUAGAAAGAAAAAGCCAUUGAUCUACGCAUUUUCCGGAUGCGGCUGAGGGGAAACUCCUUUGCCAUGUGGCAUUAGGCUUGGGUACGGUAGCAUCCAGGGGAAGCUGAAUGAGAAAGGAUAGGUAUCCGCUCCCUGACGUUAAGUUUCAGCUUUACAGCUAUAAUAAUAAUAAACCUACCCGGCAUAUAGUUACAGCAUAAGUACAU